ACGAGAGAAGCGGGCUGAUUUCCUCUACUAUGGAUGUGGAUAUCUACGAUCAGUUUGGGGAGGCCAUUGACAGAAGGCUUGGAGGAGUGAGGGCUGAAGCCCAACGAAGAGCGGCAGCGGGACCACCGCCCCCUGCCAUGUUCAGGCUAUGGCAGGAAAAGGAGGAACCACCGUUUGGGGUGGAAGAAGUGGGAAGUGAUGAGCAAGUGACUCAAGGGCUACGAGGAGGAAGUGAGACGGAAGAGGCCAUAAUCAUCGAGUCAGAUGACGAGGAUGAGGAGGAAAGAACGGAGUCUCUGUCUGUCUUAUUUGAGAAGAUGAAAGACUUGCUGGAUAAGAUGGGGAGGUACCAACAGAAGUUGGUGGACCUCUGUAAAGGAGUGAAAGGAUGGAAGUCUAAUGUCCCCACAAUAUUCCUCUAUGACUCCGGCCCGGAGUCAGCGUUUGGGCGACCCAGAGUGAAUGUGGUGGGGUUGUGCCCUCAACCAGGAAUGAGAGGGAGACCCCUCACUCUGCAGGCCCGGCUGACACAGGCAGCGCGAACGAGGAAUCGAGCCAAGGCCAGGACCAGCCAAGAGCCUCCAAGGGGGGAACACGAACCAGGGAGAAGGAAAGAGGCUGUGAAAGUAGAGGACGACGAUGAUGAAGAGGAAGAGGACGAGAGGCUGCGCAAGGAAAAGGAUCAGAGAGCGGAGCAGCGGGCAAGGAAAAAGGGAGCCAGGGGAGAGGCCGAACCAGUCAUACAUGACGGACCGCCCAAAAAGAAGAAAUACGAGGUCCGGUUGGAAGAAGGAUUUGACGUAGAAAAGGUGAUUGAUCGGCUGUUGGAAGGGCAUAAUGACCUCAUGACCCURAAGGAAAUCCUAGCGUCAGCCCCGCGACUCCGCGAUGAACUGAAGGGGAGGUUAUUACGGCGCCUGGUGCCCAAUGUCCGCCUGGGUACGAUCCUGCCCAAGGAGGCAGAGUGGGCAAAGUCAGGUACGAAGAUGGACUGGAAGUGCGUAGCCUGUGGUAUGGUGGAUUUGAUGGUGAAGGGUUCCAAGUGCGCAGCAAUGAUGGACACCGGGGCAGAGAUGAACAUUAUUCGGGAGGCGGACGCGAUCAGAUUCGGGCUGGAUAUAGACCGUUCUGAUUGCGGUAUUCUGCAUGGAGCCAGCUGUAAGGCCAUGUUUUGCGGGACAGCCUCGAAUGUGCUCGUCGAGGUUGGAAAGGUGAAGGCCAGGGCAUGCUUCUUCAUAAUGCCAGACGUGGACCAUGGAAUCCUCCUGGGGAGGGGACGGCUCAAGCAGGGUUCCCAAAGGCGGUACAAGACGGUAGAUAAGAAGUGCUGCCCAGUACCCGUCCUCGUUACAGAGGACGAGGAAGCAUAUCACGAGAGGGAACGAGGGUUGAUUCGACGAAUGAGGGAAAGUGCUUUAGCAGGGCCAUGUCGUAUCAACAAAGGGAACGAGAAGGAGUUGAUCAUAGGGGAAUCUGAUUUCCUGCUGCCUCAGGAGCGAACGUUGAUGGUGGGAUUAAUGAAGAGGAAGCAUCGCGCCUACGCGUUUAGUGACGAGGAGCGUGGCAGGCUGGAUGUAGACAAGAUACCUAUGAUCCGCAUCCACACCGUGCCACACGAGCCUUGGAACAUGAGAGGGGCGCGAUAUCCCAAUCCUGACAAGGAAAGGAAGGUGGUGGAUUAUCUCGACGGCAAGAUACGUACUCACGUCGCCGAUUAUUCAAGUGGACCGUAUGCGUCCCCGUGGUUCUGCUUCAUUAAGCCUAACGGAACGCUGCGGUGGGUGCAGGAUUUGCAGAGAUUGAAUGCAGUGACCGUGCAAGAUGCUGGAGGACUGCCGAAUGCAGACGCGCUGUCAGAAUCCUGUGCUGGAAGGCCUAUAAUUUCGCUUAUAGAUCUUUACUCAGGAUACGAUMAGUUCCCAGUCUACCCGCCGGAUAGGCCGGUGACAGCUAUGCACACACCGCGAGGAUUAGUCCACAUGAACGUGGCCCCACAAGGGUGGACCAACGCAGUAGCAAUGGUCCAACGAGCCAUGAUUCGGGCCAUGCAGUCAAUCAACCCCCAUAUCACACAGCCAUACAUUGACGAUUUGGCAGUGAAGGGGCCGGCGACGAAAGAGAGCGACGAAGUCUCACCAGGGGUAAGGCGCUUUGUCUGGAAGCACAUUCAGGACCUCGAAAAGGUCCUCAGCCUGCUCGAAGAGCAUAACCUCACGGCAAGCGGGGCCAAAUCCAGACACUGCAUGAGGGAAGCGACUAUCUUGGGGAUAGUCUGCAAUGAGAAGGGUCGAAGGCCGGAUGUGAAGAAGAUGGACAAGAUUACUGAGUGGCCAGUUCCGUUCCACUCAAUAACUGAUGUCAGGAGCUUCCUUGGGAAUGUGGACGAAAUACCCGAGAGUCAAGACGACGAGUUCGAAGAAGGGAAAAUUAAGGAGGCUUUUCGUGCAGAGGAGUACGACGGGAUCUACCUAGAGCUGGGGCUUCUUCUGUCAUGUGAAAUACGGCUAAGAGAUGCGAGCGAUAGGGUUCAAAGGAUGCUGCGACGCUACUUAGUGCGAGACGGUCACCUUUUCGUGAGAAGGGAAGUGGGGAAUCCCAGGAGGGUCGUCUGCGGUAGGAAUCGUCAGAUCGACGUCGUAGCAGCACUACACGAUAGCAUUGCAGGAGGGCAUCGAGGGGUACAAGCCACGUAUGCCAAGAUAAGUGAGUUGUACUACUGGGAUGGAAUGAUGGACAUGGUCGGAAAAUUCUGUCGAUCUUGCGUACCCUGCCAGGAGAGAUCCCGUUUAAGGCAGGGAGAGCUGCUGCAUCCAAGUUUAGAGCGAGAGGUAGGGGCCGUAGUGCAUCUCGAUCUGCUUUUUAUGCCACUUGGGGAUCAGGGCUAUAACUAUAUCUUCGAUGCGCGCGAUAACCUGUCGAGGUCUGACUUUACGAAGACAACCAUGCCAAGAGGAGGGAAGGGGACACGGGCGCCUCAGAGGCCGUUGGGCGCAUCAGGAGGAUAUGAGCGGCAUGGGUCUCGCCAUCGAGAGAGUACUCCAGUCUACAAUGAUGGGGACAUCGAGCUAUUCCUGGACAGUUUCUGGGAGCAUGCGAGGCGUAUGGGYUGGACCGUCGCUCAAGCGAUUGAGAGAUUGAGGGGAGCAGGUAGGUUCGARGAGCCCAUUGCCAGGAUUCGUAGGGAGGCGACGACGAGGCAGGAGGUGGAGAUGAGGAUGGAGGAGUUGCGACCCUCGCCUGUGGGACCUGAUGGCAGGCCGAUCCGCCUGGAGAUUGGAAAUGCGUCGGACUUCAUCCCCGCAGUCGAGAGGCGGCAGAGGAGUCAGAGGCCGAGGGACCCUGAGCCCAGGGAGGCGAGACCAUCUCGAGGAGGACGGAAGGCCCUAGCCAGGAGAGAGCAGGAGCCAGAGGAUGAGGAGCGAGGGGCAUACCCUGAGUGUGGGUUGGGGCCAGUGGAGUUCCAUCGUUUUACUGAGGGUGGAUUGAGGAGGUCGCCAGCACACACACAGAGGGAGCCACCAGCGUCAGAGGGGCCCUUGAGGGAAUUGGAGAUGCAUUUAGAUAUUUUUCGGUGGAGGGCGUCGCUUCAGGGUGAGGGGCAUGGAGAGCAGGCAAAGGAGGUGCCACGAGAGGAGGUAUCACAGGAAGAGGUCCGGGGUACUCAGAGAGAGAGAGGGACGGGCGAUGAGGGGAGACGUGCAAGGAAGGAAGUGAUAGAGGUUGGAGAGGAUACGCCGCCACAGACGCCAGCAGUGGGUUUGAGACUCGGGGGUGCACCAGGGAGCACCCGGCAGGCAAAGGAGGGGUUGCCGAGAGAGGAGACCCCUUCACCUUCGUCAGAAAAGGCUCCUUCGCCAGAAGGGAGGGCAGGAAGGAGGAGAGAGAGAGCAGCUGUAAGGAGAGAAGCUUUGAUUCUGAUUGGUAGGCACCUAGCAGCUCAUGCCCUAGAGCACCCAGACCUGGAGGAGCCAACACCUGUAGAGCCACACCAGGAGUCAUGCCAGCCCGAGAAGGAGGUGGAAGCAGAGAUCCCAAAGAGGGUCGACCUCCGCACGAGGGAAAGGGUGUCAGCUGGAGAAACGGCUGAAGAAAAGAGGGCGAGACGAACCAGGCGGAUAGAUGAGAUAUGGCAGGAGAGGCAGUGGUUGGAGGCUGCGGGGGAGCUCCCGGAGCAGCAGCAGGAGAGGCAGAGAUCGGAGGCAGCAGGAGCACUCCCGGGCCAGCCACCCAGCGCACCAGCUAGGGCCCCAGAGAUCCCUGAGAUAUGGAGGGACUUCUUGGAGCAGAGAGGAGAGGAGCUUCCAUCGCCAGUCAGAGCCGGGUUUGGGGUGGCCAGGAAGGCGGAAGAAAGGUUAGAUCGUAAAAUCAAGUUCCUGGCCAACACCACUUUUGACCGGCACUUGUUAUUGGAGGGCAAUCUGGCGGGGAAGAAAAUGAAGGAAGCCAGCCAUGGAGUACGUCUGGAGGCUAUGGAGAUGGAAAUUCAAGAACUUAGGGCUUUGGUGGUCAGCCAGGCAGCUAUCAUUGAGAGCCUGAGGCAGCAAACCCAGGGAAAGGCGGACAGACCAGAGAGCAGCCGGCAGGGAGAGCAGAGGCAGCCAGGGCAGGGAUUGCCAGGACAGCCAUCUGCGAUAGAGCCUCGCCAGGAGCCACCUAUGGGGAGAGUUAUCCUGGAGCUAGAGGAGGCGAGAGCCCAGAGACAGGCAGAGAGAGAGGCGUUCGAGUUUAGAGCCCCUACUGAGCUCGCGACGCUGCCGGUGGCGGCGGCAGGCCCAGUCGUACCUUUGGCAGUAGAGGAGGGGCUGCCACCAUGUAGCAGUGAGCCGGCUCAGCGCUCGGCAGAGGGAUCCAUGGGCGUGCUCCUUGAGGCGGUGCAUACUAUGCAGGAGGAGGUGAGUUUGUUUUCACCUGAGCAGAGGAUAGAGGAGCCUCUUGAGAGAGAGAUGGGGAUUGAGGAGGAGGGUGCCAUCGAGGGCAGACUCCAGAGGAUAGGCACACCUGAGUAUGGACCAGAGGAGAUUGAGGAGCAGCCCAUGGCAGUGCCAGGGGCGGCACUCGAGAGGAGGCCUCAGAGGUUGGACACGCCUGAGUACGUUCCAGCGACAGAGGAUUUGAGAGGCAGACUAGGAUUUUGGGCUACUGGAUCUGGGUCUGGUGGACCAGUUCYGGGGACAGAGCGGCAGGAAGUCGUUGGUACUGCAGCUCCUCAAGCAGAGCAGYAGGGGGUUAUCAGUACCUUGGCAGGAUCUCCUUCAUCACCACCUCCUCAGCCCAGGAAGAGGAAGUUCAAGAGGAAGGUUGAUCAACUAUGUUUCUACUGCAAAAGGAGCGCGCAUCAUGCUUUGGACUGUCUCGAGUUUCUUGAGGAUAAGAUAGCAGGGAAGAUCUCAGAGGUAGGGGGUAAAAUGUAUGAUAGACAGGGUAGGAUAGUAGAGAAGUCUGCAGAUGAACUUAGGGCUCAAUUAUAUAGGCAAAACCAGGAGGAGUUGAGGAGGUAGGGUUCGGUUUUGUCUAUAUAAGUGAGCGAGCAUUUUGUGAG